GUGUGUCGCUGAAUAAUGACGCAAUGUAUUUUGACUGUGUUUUGAUCGUGUAUUUGGCGCUGAGAUGUCAGUCCGUCGAGCUCUCCUCAGGGCGGUGUGAUUAUCCGCUUUCUCUUACAGUGAACGCUCUCGCCACAAAAAUGCGUUGCUAAUGACUGUGUUUCUGCAAUAUGAAGAAUGGAAGAAGACGAUGUGACGAUCAGAGAGCAGAAUUUCCACAGCCAAGUCCGCGAGUACAUCGUCUGCUUCCUCCUGUUUGCAGUACUGUACAUUGUGUCAUACUGCAUCAUCUCACUCUACAAGAGGAAAAGCGAUGACCAGGAAGAUGAGGAUGCCAUUGUCAACCGAAUAUCUAUGUACUUGUGUACAUUCACAUUGGCGGUGUCUGGAGGGGCUGUCCUCCUCUUGCCGUUUUCUAUAAUCAGUAAUGAGAUCCUGUUGUCCCUUCCAAAAAACUACUACAUACAAUGGCUGAAUGGAUCACUCAUUCAUGGCCUGUGGAACCUGGUGUCCCUCUUCUCAAAUCUCUGUCUCUUUGUGCUGAUGCCUUUUGCCUAUUUCUUCCUGGAGUCCGAGGGCUUUGCUGGUUCGAAAAAGGGCAUAAAGGCUCGAGUGCUGGAGACAUUUGUUAUGCUCUUUCUGCUGGGUCUCCUCAUCCUGGGCAUUGUAUGGGUGGCAUCCGCUCUCAUCGACAAUGAUGCAGCCAGCAUGGAAUCGCUCUAUGAUUUAUGGGAGUUUUAUCUGCCGUACCUGUACUCCUGCAUCUCUCUGAUGGGUGGCCUAUUGCUGCUUAUGUGUACUCCAGUGGGAAUGUCACGCAUGUUCACAGUGAUGGGCCAGUUACUAGUCAAACCGACAAUUUUAGAGGAUCUGGAUGAGCAGAUUUAUUGUAUACAGCUGCAGGAAGAGGCCCUGGAGCGUAGACUCAAUGGUAUGAUGUCAAACUCUUAUCUCCAUGGAAACUCUCAGCACCAUCUCUACAAAGAGCUGGAAAACAUUCGCAAUCAGAGGAACAAACUCGAAAGGAGAAAGAAGGCCUCAGCCUGGGAAAAGAACCUCCUUUACCCCAUAGUGAUGAUGAUCCUUCUUGCUGGAACGGCGAUUUCUGUUCUCCUGGUUGCUCUGAACAUUGUGUACUUGCUUGUUGAUGAGACGGCUAUGCCAAAGGGUUCAACGGAGAGAGAUAUUGGCAAUGCCUCUUUAUCCACAUUUGGAGUUGCCCAGGCAGUUAUUGAAAUCAUUCUCAUGUUUUACCUGAUGGUCUCAUCUGUGGUUGGCUUUUAUAGCCUUCGCAUCUUUCAGGAGCUCACUCCCAUAAAGGAUGACACGACCAUGACAACGAUCAUUGGUUGCUGUGUAUCUAUUCUAGUGCUGAGCUCGGCCUUGCCUGUCAUGUCCCGAACACUUGGAAUAACAAGGUUUGAUCUCCUGGGUGAUUUCGGACGAUUUAAUUGGCUUGGAAAUUUUUACAUUGUACUUUCGUACAAUCUUCUGUUUGCUGUGGUAACCACAUUGUGUCUGGUCCGAAAAUUCACGUCUGCCGUGCGAGAGGAACUCCUCAAAGCCCUCGGUCUGGAUAAAUUGAAUCUGUCAAACAGCACGACGGAUGCAGAGUCAGGGAAACAUGCUGUCAACGGGCAUCAGAAAACUCUGUGAGAGAAAAAUCAUCAGGACAUUCGCACACAAACACGUGAAUGUGUAUACAGUUGUCUUUUUCAUUUUAGUAGUAUAGUAAUAUACAGUCAGAGAGCAUCAAAGGCUAAAAAAAUAGAAAAGGGAUAAUAAUUAGGAAUAGAUGUUAAUGUGAGAUGCUUCUAGUGUCAGUUGAAGUGUUUAGACUCCGUGUCACCUGACGUGUAGAAUAUGUCCAUCACCUCAUCUGAGCAGUCAAUGCCACUGAAACUCACUGCAGAAUGCUUCCAUCUGAAACAAGUCUGAGAUUCACAGUGAUUUAAUUUUGUUGUUCAGUUUGUAAAUGCUUUCUUUUCAAGUGAGAAAAUGUAUUCUUUUUGAUGACCUGCACAUCUAAAAGGCCUCUUGACAGAAUCCUUCAAUGGAGGAUUAUUAUUAUUAUCUAUACUUUCUCUUUGAUUAGUUGAAAUAUUAAGCUGUUUGCCAAGCUGAUUGAAUUUCACGUGCAUAGGGCAUAUCAUUUUCCUCUUAAAUUAUUGUAGAUUUUGUGCCCUUGUUGAUCAGUAAUUUGUAAAGUUAAAUGGAAUUUCUAAACAAGAGCAGCACACGUAAAAUAUAAACGUUUUUUUUUUUUUAUAUUGACACAAGAGACACCAUUACAUGUAAUCUUAGGGCUAAUAUUAGAAACUGUAUCCCUUAAGAAUUGCAGAGCUUUGAAAUUUGCACUGGGAAAGAAAUUGCUGCAGUGAGUGUAACUUAACAUUUAUAUAGUUUCAAAUGUUUUAACACCAAAUUGACCGACUCUAAUUAAAAUGACACUCAUUACAAAGUCAGUUCAUGAUAAUAUACAAGCAAAAUGUGAUGGCCCAAUAUUCUGACAAAUAUACUGAACGUUUGAUUGUCAGAAUUGUCCAUAUCUGUCAUAUUUCUUGCUUAGAUUUUGUAUGUUUUGUAAUCUGAAAGCUUGCUAUUCUGUGUCUGCCAUUGGAUAUGUUUACACUCAAUUAUGCAUACAUGAUCAAUUAUUAUUUAUAAGAUGAUCAAUUUUAAAUGAGGAAGCGUUAUGAUUUUAGUUUCCUCAUGCUGUACUGUGACAAUUCAGGUUUGUUGGAUGCGACAGAAUUAAGUAAUGGGAAUCGACAAGGAAACUCCCCAAUCAUGUGCCUUACUCAAAAUGUUGGCAUAUUCUGGGUAGUAUUGGAAUGUUACUACCAGCCUACCUGCCAAAUUUCUAUUUGCACUGCAACUGCUCGUUUCCAUCGGUAGGCAAAGUUCAGAGUUGGACAUUAUGGGUUCGAGUCACUACCAACAACCAGCUGAUUGUGUUUACUUGAAUUGGUUGCGGCAGAUUGUGUUUAGGAAUGUUGCGACCUGCCAGUCACUCACCUCAAUGAAUUAACACAUUUAAUGGAUUGUAGUGUACCAUAGUCUAGAAUUAGGGAAGCAACAAAAAUGAAAUGCUCUCUGUUGUCACAGUAGUAAAAAUGCACCAAAUAUUUGGGAGAAGGUGAGGCACAAUCUUGGGAUUAAGCUUCCUGUUCCUGUUCUUAAAUCUGCUGCUACUUCCUCCACAUUUGAUACUAUGCUAUGCUACAUGUACUACACAAAAUGAUUGGGGCUUUUUCCCUUGAUGGGGGAGCAUAUAACCAGUAACAUACAUCCUUUGUACUUGGUUAUCGCUUCAGAGCUUGUUUGUCUUGUUUCAGCAUCACUAGCAAAACGGCCUUCAAACAUCCAGUCUGUACUUCCUGAAGCUGCUUUGCUUUUUGCAAAUGGCAGAUUAUUAUAUCCAUAAACAUAAAUGUUUUUCCACUCGCUCUCCUGCUGGAUUUUAGGCUAACUUAGCCCGUUUGGUCUAGUGAAUUACUGGCGUAGUACAGUUUAGAGGUUACGCUCUUAUAUUAUGUAGGAUCUUGUAUAUAAAGGCAGUGAAAACAGGACUGCAGAGCCACAUCACGCCUAAUAAUAAACUUAUUGUGUGGUGAAAUGAAUGUGAAGUUCGGGCUGAGGCAGUUGUCAUUACACAUGUAAAAAGCAGCACAACUUUUUGAAGGGUCUCCUUUGUAGCUAUGAAAUAGUGUCAUAGAAUUUUUUUGUUUUUUUUACGUUAUUUUAAUUUUAUUUAAAUGUUACUGAUCACACAUUUAUUGUACAAUAUGUUCAGUAUAGUUUCAGUUUCCAAACAUUCCCAUUCUGACGACAGAAGCAACAGGCCAUUGAUGACAAAACCAUUGUUUUGGCCAUUCCUGUCAUUUCUCUCACAAGGCUUGAUGUAAAGCUACUUAGACAUCCAGUGGUAAGCCUCGCAUUAAUGUAAAUGAUGUAUUUACAUGUAUAUACAGUAUAUUUCCUCUUUUUAUUUUUGUAGAAUGUAGAUAUGAAACGGGCUCUCGAGCCUCAUUCAUACUAUGUUUUUGUGGAAAAGGCCAGACAACUAGUCACUCAGCAUUUGUUUAUUGUAAUAAAAAAAAGAAAAGAAAAAAAAACAAACAAACAAAAAAAAAUCACCUCUGAUGCCUUAAACAGGCUUUUUUUCGUUUUUGUCUCCUGUUGUCUGGUAUUGAGGAGACGUGGCGUGCAUGCGUGAGUUGUGCAAAUGAGUGAAAGAGUGAGACAGAUUGCUAGCGUGUGUACCUUUUUAUUGACUAAUUCACUGUGAAUCCCUCUUGUGAUUGUCAAUAAUAUAGCAUACCAAAACGACAGGGUGGGUCUUUUAACGCAAACUGGCCAAAGGCAAAAGAACCUGUCAGGGCACUGAUAUGGAAUAUUAAUGUUUGGGCAGAAAACAUUUUAAGAAAUAGAUUGGAUUUUGUGUCUGCAAAGUUGAAGGAUUCACAUGAGGGACACUGAAUUCAAAGCCUGUGAAAAGGUCAUUUAAAAUUGACACCUCAGUGGGUUCUGUGGUUCAAUAUGAUGCAUUAUUUUGGUAUUUUUAUUGUCAUGGAUUUAACAAAGUUACUUGUAAAAUACCUUUUCUUCUUGUUGAUUUGCACAAAGAAUAUUUUGUAAGAAAAUAUCUGGGGAAGUGUAUUAUGUCAAUAAUUGUGUCAUUUGAAGUAAGCUUUUUUUUAAUGUGUUUUUUUUUUUUUUUUUCCUCUUGUGUAUGUCUCUGUGUAUGUGUAUUUGUAUCAAACUUUAAAGUCAAGUUUGUCUGCACAAAGUUUGUAAUGCCAGAACAUCUUGUGUCAUUAGUAACUAUCAAUACUGUCUGUGGACAAAAUGCAAAAUUCUACUCUUUGGUUUUAAUUUAAUUGGCUUUUUGAGGGAUGUUGCUGUGUCGGGCUUCACACCUGGUCCUACUUUAUGCAGCACAAGGACUGAUGUGUCAGUUGGUGUUGGGUUUCUCAAAAUAGAGGCAUUUGCAGUGAUGUACUAGAAUUAACUGUGAAAGAAAAAGAAGCCUAUUCAUUCCAUAUUCUGUUUUUCUGCUUUAGUUGUUCAUCUCUUUCCAAUCUUCCUCCCAUCGUCUGUACAACAUUGCUCUUACAAAAGCUACAAAACUAUACUAAUUCAAGGAUGCUGUGGUAUUUUCAGUUCAUCAGUCUGUUAAACUCUGACAGACAGCGUUUCACUAGACAGUGGUCUCAUUUGAAUUCUCAUCUUUAACACUAAGGGAAAGAUUAAUUCAGUUUUUUUUUGCCUGUUGCUUCUUUUACAUGUGUGAAUGUAUUUUGAGAAUGUUUUUUCUCCCAUUAGUGUUUAAUUGCAUAUGUUCGUGAAGCAAAAUGUUUAGUUUACUUUGUAUUUCAAUUCAGUUUACAAUAAAGUUUGUGGCUUUUGACAGUU